CGGGGCGCAUAACAUGCUCAGAUAGGAAUAACGUUGAAUACAAAGCUGGCAGUCAUAACUAUUUUUUACGAGCGAUUAGCCGUCGCUCGCAUCACGCCUUUUGACACCUCAACGUCCGGCCUUGCCGGCACGUUGGCCAAGCCGUAUAGGUUAGUGGCUUUAUAUCUCGUAAAUCACUCCCUUGUUGCUUGAAUUGUCGAUACGGUUGGCGGCGGUGAACUAGGUCUUUGCUUGGAGUCCUGAACCUUACCUGCCGAGGCGUCGAUUGGGGCCAAAAUGGCAUUCCAUCACAAUUCGCAGUCCAUCGUCAUAGCGGGAGUAAUUCUUUCUGCAAUUCUUUUCGCAAGCCAAGCAGUGGAUGCUGUAGAUACAACACCCCAGGGCUUUACGUCCAUCCACGAAACAUGCCGCGAAAUAGAAAGGAACGCCCAUGUAGUACGCGGUUGUGCGAUUAAAGCCAGCGACGGCAGCUGGUCCGUUGUCGAUGACGCCGGCCCGCAAUGCGCGGCCAGCGCCACAUUCGUCGACUCCGCGUACACAGCCAGCAACUUCGGGAAGCUCCGAAUAGUUACAGGCGGCGACUAUAGCGAUGCAGACCAGGUCUACGCGGCUGGCUUCAUUGAGGGCUACCUUACCGCAGCCCGCAUCUACGACCACCACUUCAACCUGCGGUCCUACUUCGACACCAUGCUCAACGAGUCGGCGGCGCUGGAGCUGGCGCUGGACUGGCUUGAGGAGCAGGAGCAGUGGGCUGCCGCCCGUGUGGCCUCCGCUCCCCCCUCCGACCCCUACUGGCGCCUGCUGGGCUGGCUGCAGCAGCAGUUCAACGGACUGGUGGCGGGAUACCAG